AUGGGGGAAGAUUUAAAACAAAUCAUCACUGAAUUAAAUAAAUUAUUGAAUAAAAAUUUCUCUUUGAUAUCUUUCAAGGCGCUUAGUUCUGUAGAUUUAUUGCAGUUACUGAGUGAUUUGUUGUCAAAAAUAACAGAGACACCGAAAAUAAAUAUAAUCGAAGAAAAUGUCGAGCAGUCAACGAUCCGUAUUCUGUCGAUACUUAAAAUACUCAAGUAUCAAACAAAUAAAGACUUUUCAUUAUUUAGACAAAGAUUAAUGAAAGGAGAUCAAGAUACAAUUUACUCUAUUUUGCAAUGGCUUAUUACCAAUAUCGAUAUCGCAUGUAAACGCGCAUAUUUAUCACGAUUUUUGAUAAAAAUUGAAGUACCAGCAGAAUAUUUACAAGAAUCCGAAACAUCUGCGUUAUAUGAAAGAUAUUUAGAACUUGUUGAAGAAUUUAAAAUAGUACAUAAAGAACGCGAAGCCGGAAUAAAGGGCAAUGAAGCUGCAGCUGAACUCAAAUCAGAUUUACGCGCCAUGGAAAAAGAACGUCAAGUACUCGUCGAUAGAAUUGAAAAAAUAAAAUCUAAAACAACAUCACAAGCUCAUUUAUUAAAAAUCGCUCAAGAAUUACGGAUUGAAAAAGACAGAGAUCAUGAAUUAAUACUGCAACGAAUGCAAGAAAAUAAAGCUAUCGAAUCACUGCAGUUAUCAUUACAAAAAGCUGAACAAAAGCUAGAAACUUUAAAAAAAAUCGAUGUGGAAUUAACUCCACAAUCACUACAACAGAGAUUACAAGAAGAAGUCAUGAUACUAACGGCGAUUUAUAAUGAGAAAAUGGCUAAAGAAUUGUCAGCAUUGAAGUUGCAUGUCAAUGCAUUGAAUAAUGUAACAAAGACACCAUACAUUGGACCGGAUGACAUAAUAAAAUUACGUCAACAGCUUGAUGUAUUGAUACGGGAAAUUAAAACACUUGCGGAAAAUAAAGUAACUGAAAAUGGAAGUGACAAAAUAACUCCGUUCAGACAACAAGCGGCAGCAAUUGCUGGUAUUAAGCGAAAUACUCUUGAUAAAUUGGAAAAAAAUGAAAAUGAUUUGGCUGAAUUAAGUAUUAAAUUAGAAAAUAAACGCGCAAAAACGAAACAUUUAACUGAAGAUUCGAUACCAAAAGGUGAAGAUUUGAAACGUUAUGUCGCGCGUUUGAAAACUAAAAGCGGAAUUUAUAAACGAUGUAGAGCUGAACUGGCUGAAUUAAGAGCAGAAGGUGGUAUUUUGAGCAGGACAAAUAUUAUCCUAGAAUCAAAAUUAACUGACAGUAAAACAAUUGAUACAAUUAAUAUGAUGAACUAUGAGUACAAUAUACCAGAUAAUUUUAAUGAAAGUAAUGCUAGAGAUAUUAAUUUGCAAUUGACUCGUAAUUUAUUAACAUUGAAAUCUAAAUUGUCAUCGCUAUUAAAUGAUUUAAAGCCAUUGCGACAAAAAAAUUAUGACGUUGAGGAUAAAUAUGAACGCGCGAAACGCAGCUAUGAUUCAAUUGCAUCGAGUACACAGAAUGCGAUAUCUAAUUUGAUGAACGACGUUGAAAUUACAAGAAAACUUAUUGAAAAUAAUACUCAAGAAAUUAAGGAGCUGGAAGGAAAAAUAUUGAAAAUGAAAAAAAUACAAAAAAAUAUUCAAAAUGAAUUUUAUUCAAACCCUGGCAAUGAAAAAUCACUUCAAGAGAAACUGAGCGAGUCGAUAAUUGCCGAAGAAAAAAAAUAUAAAUUGUUAAAAGAGAAAGAAAAUACUUUAAAAGAGUUAGUUAAGCAGAGCGUAAGUCAAACUCAUCAAUGGACAAAUCUUAUUGCAAUUUUUAAAUCUAAAAUUGAUAAUUAUGCUGAAAAUAAACGACGUGACGGCAUUGUCCUGCGUAAAGAUGGAACUGAAACAUUAAUUUUGGAAUAA